AGUAAAAUUAAAAAACACAGACGUAGUAGAUUUUUAAGUAGUGUAUUAUAAAGUAAAAUAGUUGCAAGUAGGAUAGGAGAGUAGAUCGCUCGUGUGUCUUCUUCUUCUUCCGGUAGAAUUCAGCUAGUUACACAAUCCAUCCAUCUAUCUAUAUUGUUCGCUCAAAAGAAAACAAGUAGUAAUAGAUGAGGAAAGCGUUGUUACGAGGCUGAGCUGAGUGCUGGGGAUUUUGAUUGUUUGAUGGGCAACGCAUGCCGUGGAUCUUUCGGAGGCAAAACUUUUCAGGGCUACCCUCAGCCUCAAGAUCAGUCUAAUUCCAAUUCCAAACAUAAUUCCGAUCCUCCCAACCCCAAACAAGAACAACCACCCCUCGUCAAAGAUCACAGUACCAUGACUCGUACCAGCGCCAACCAGUCCUAUUACGUCCUCGGUCAUAAGACCCCUAUCAUUCGCGAUCUAUACACCCUCGGCCGUAAACUAGGACAAGGCCAGUUUGGCACCACUUAUUUAUGCACCGAAUUGUCUUCCGGUAUCGACUUCGCAUGUAAAUCUAUUGCCAAGAGAAAACUCAUCUCUAAGGAGGAUGUAGAAGAUGUCAGGAGGGAAAUUCAGAUAAUGCAUCAUUUGGCUGGUCACAAAAACAUCGUUUCCAUCAAGGGUGCUUAUGAGGAUCCUUUGUAUGUUCAUAUUGUCAUGGAACUUUGUGGCGGCGGUGAAUUGUUUGACCGCAUCAUUCAAAGGGGACACUACACAGAGAGAAAGGCUGCUGAUUUGACAAAAAUUAUUGUUGGUGUUGUUGAGGCGUGCCAUUCACUUGGAGUUAUGCAUAGAGAUCUCAAACCCGAGAAUUUCUUGUUGGUUAACAAGGAUGAUGAUUUCUCUCUCAAGGCCAUUGACUUUGGACUCUCAGUAUUCUUUAAGCCAGGCCAAAUUUUCACAGAUGUUGUUGGGAGUCCAUAUUACGUUGCUCCUGAGGUGCUUUUGAAGCAUUAUGGUCCAGAAGCAGAUGUUUGGACAGCAGGGGUCAUACUCUAUAUACUGCUAAGUGGAGUUCCACCAUUCUGGGCUGAAACACAGCAGGGGAUAUUUGAUGCAGUUCUGAAAGGGCACAUUGAUUUUGACUCAGACCCUUGGCCUUUAAUAUCGGAGAGUGCAAAAGAUCUCAUCCGGAAGAUGUUAUGCAUGCAACCCUCAGAGCGGUUAACUGCUCAUGAAGUAUUAUGUCAUCCUUGGAUUUGUGAAAAUGGUGUUGCUCCUGAUAGAGCACUUGAUCCUGCAGUACUUUCUCGCCUCAAACACUUUUCUGCAAUGAACAAAUUAAAAAAGAUGGCUCUGCGGGUGAUUGCAGAAAGCUUGUCGGAGGAGGAGAUUGCCGGUCUUAAGGAGAUGUUUAAGGCCAUGGAUACUGAUAACAGUGGUGCAAUUACAUUCGAUGAACUAAAAGCUGGUUUGAGAAAAUACGGCUCUACCCUAAAGGAUAUAGAGAUACGGGAACUUAUGGAUGCAGCUGAUGUGGACAAUAGUGGAACUAUUGACUAUGGAGAAUUCAUAGCAGCAACUAUUCACCUUAACAAAUUGGACCGCGAGGAACAUCUCAUGGCUGCAUUUCAGUAUUUUGACAAGGAUGGAAGUGGUUAUAUUACAGUUGAUGAGCUCCAGCAGGCCUGUGCAGAUCAUAACAUUACAGAUGUAUUCUUUGAGGAUAUUAUCAGAGAAGUUGAUCAGGAUAAUGAUGGACGCAUUGAUUAUGGAGAAUUUGUUGCUAUGAUGCAAAAAGGAAAUCCAUGCAUAGGAAGACGAACAAUGCGAAAUAGUCUGAAUUUCAGCAUGAGAGAUGCGCCUGGAGCUCAUUAGCUUUUUGAAUGGACACAUCAUUUAGGUUUUACAGAAAACAGAGCAGAGGCAAUGGAACUGCCAUAACAAUGUCUGCUACCCAGUUCUAAAAGUAGCAUGUCAUGCUCUCAAGUUUGAGUAGAAGAGGAUUGACUGAAAGAGCUUGUAGACUGCUAUCUUCUUGCUGUGUGCCUCAACAAGAUGUUGAAAUCUCUGUAGACCCUAGUGUGUGAAAUUGUUUCAGCUACCUAGUGUUGUUUAGUUGAGGCUUCCAUUAGAAGGUGUAUGUGAUCCUUCUCAAUCAUUUACACAUAAUUAUGUAUUUUAUCCAUGGGUUUUUCUGUAUUUGGGAGAGAUUGUUUUUAAGGAAUAGCCCACGAUUUGUUGCAACAAUUACGCAAACUAUAUAUGCAGAAUAUGGUCGGUCAUUUA